AUGCACGAAGCCAGACAAGAAAAUAAAUUUUUAAAAACUCAAUUAAGUGAUGUGAAUAAAGAACUUAAGAAAAAAAAGGAUUAUUAUUAUUCAAAAGCAAAGCAAGAAGUCAACUCAAAACUAAUAAAUUUAGAAAAAGAACUGAAAAAUUGUAAACUUGAGCUUGUCUUACAAAAAGAAAAUAUAGAACAAGAAUUUUUAAAAGAGAAAGAAAAUUACGAGAGGACUAUCGAUAAUUUAGAACUAAAUUUAAAGAAACAAAAGAAAAUUUUCGAUCAAGCAUUGCAACAAUCACAAGAAAAAUUUAGUAAGAAUCUUGAUAUUUUACAAAAAAAAUUAAGUGAUAAGGGAAAUGGUUUAAGUGAGUUAGAAAAAGAAAAUGCCAAACUUAGAUUUGAAGCCUCUAAAUAUCAAUCAGCACUUGGUGUAGCGACAAAUACGCGGCUUGGUGAUGAUGAUCAAAAUCAUUCGGUUAGAUUGAAACAAGAUAUCUUAAUUUUACAGAAAUCAUUAGAAAAUUAUGUAACUCAUUUGAAACCUAAUGUUGAUAUUGAUAUUGAAAAGAUACAAACCCUUGCGCAGGAAUAUGGUUGUUUAAAUGAAAUUAACGUAGAAAAUAAGCCCUUUAUUAAGGCCAUUUUACAACGCAAAGUAUUGGAUCAAGUGACAUUUCUUUCCUCUAUAUUAUCUGACCAUCGAGAUAUAGAUGUCUCACUUGAAUUGUACAUAGAUUUAAAAACACAAGAAUUGACAAACUUAAUCAACAUAUUCUCUAAGCAUCGCGUUGGUACUGACAAAGUUACUGGUGUGGCAGCAAUAAAAAUACGUCAAGAAGUUUAUGGAAUUCUUGGGAAUCGUGGAUUCAAUGAUGCGAUUUGUUUUGAUGCUGAUGGAACUUCUAAAACUUUUACGCAUGGAUUCAUAAUUUUUGCUAGCCGUGAACUUAAUAACAUGAUGAAUCAGUAUCGUAUAAUCAAUGAUGUUGCUAGGAAAGAACAAGUUGAAGCAAUGGCACCAAAACUUAUUCAAGAUAUUUACAAAUUAAUGUGGUUUCGUUUUAAUGUACAAGAACCGAUAGUGAAUCUUCAUUAUUUUGAAAAGAAUGACAAAAUUGAUCCAAAUGUGAUGAAAGGAAAUUGGAACGAUGACGAUGAUGAUAUCAAUCAAUUACGUGUAGGUAUUUGUUAUUUUCCUCUCAUUGGGCGAGAUUUGACGUCUUCAAACAGAAAAGUGUAUACACUUGCAAAUGUGAUUUCCACAAGCUAUAAUCAAUUCGGAUGA